UACACAGUAACUGCAGCUGGGCAUACACAGUGUCUGACUGUGGAGGUAUAUCCAGGCAGAUACAGCGUUUGUCCCAUCACGCUUCAUCUUCUAUCACGGGAAAACAAAUAUCACCUGGUUUUGUACACUUUCAGUCGUUCUAUCUGCAGAGCAACAAGCUGGUACCUUUUCGUGCAGAGACUUUCAGAUGUUCCUGGAUGUAUAUCUAGAUAUCCUACGGGUCUAUCAGCCUACGAAUGUGGUGCACAAUCAGUAUCGUCGACAAAGUUGCAACCGAACAAUUGUGACAUUUAAAAAAUCUCAACAUGGAUAAUAUUACGACAGCGAGUCCUACAGACGGGGACGAAGACGUAGUGGUGUAUCCUACCUAUGCGUACCGUGUAGUGUAUGCCACUCUCAUUGGCAUAAUCUCCGUGGUUGGUAUAAUCGGAAACACUUUUGUUAUCCUUGGUGUGAUAGUCUACAAGAAACUACGCACCAAGACAAACGUCUUUGUGGUCAAUCUGAGUGGGGCUGAUCUCGUCAACUGUCUGAAUCUUCCCUGGAUGAGCGUGGCUGUUCUUAGUGCAGACGGCUGGCCGCUACCAAAAGGAAUCUGUAGCUUUGCAUCAGUGGCUUUAUUGGUGUCUAUCGGAUCCAGUCUGUACAGCCUGGGUGGGAUUGCUCUCUGUCGAUGCGCCCUGGUGACUAUGAAUCCUACCGACUAUGCUAACUUUCUUACCCGUCGUCGCCUGGCCUGUCUGACGGUUGUAGUCUGGAUUGUGCCACUAGCUGUCUCUCUCAUGCCUCUGACAUUCGCUCCCAAUUUUCUCGGCUUUAACAACAAAUACGACAUGUGUAUCUGGGAUACUAACCACUGGUUUUCUAUGACUUACAACGUUAUCUUGUCUAUCUGCUGCUUCCCCUUGCCGCUGUCGGUCAUUGUGGUGUCUUAUGCGAGGAUAUGGCGUCACGUACGCCGUCACGCGCAGCGUAUGACUCGCGUCUCCGCACGCAGCGUAUCAGGCAUUGUAGACGGAAAUGGAGCUCGAAAGGGAUCCGUGAACCGACGUCAAAUGGCUGUCACCAUCAACAUGCUAAUCGUUAUCUGUAUCUUCCUCAUCUGCAUGACACCAUACAGCAUGAUUCUGGUACUACCAGGUGGGGAAAUCGUUGUACCGGCAUUUGGCGUCAUUCUUCUGAGUAACAGCUGCAUCAAUCCACUCAUCUACGCUACCAGGCAUCCUGACUUCAAAUUGGCAUUUGCUAAGGUUCUCAGAUGCAAGACUCGCGAAUUGAUGUCGGAAAGAUCUCGUGCACAAAAUACGCAAUCUCAAAAGUGACUCUUGUCCAAAUGCCUCUACUUUUGUACUUGUAGAACCGAGAUAAUUCCUUCGACUUGAUUAAUCAGUAGUUAAUGUAAUCGAGUAAGAGUUUGGGGCUGAAAAUUAUCACGAGGAGCUACAGGAUAGUUUAGAAACAAAGUACAAUGUUACCAUGGGCGAUGGAUUCCCACUGAUUUACCCAACGCGUGGGUGACUCUAAGCAGAGCCUACGGUUUUGGAGGCCUUUAAAUGUAUAAAAACACAUUUUAUCGCAUCCCUGUCAAGUUAAUCCCUGUUAAUUGCCACUGACUGAUUGGAUCCAGCUCCGACACAGCGUUUGUCGAUUCUGCCGAAAGACUGACACGGUAUCCAGCGAAAUGAUCGAUACUAUACGAGACACUUAGAAAUUUGCUUGUCAAAAGAAUUACAUGUAGCAAAAUGUUGAGAAGAAUUAUGUCAAGAAUAUAUUCAAGUCCAUAUUGGAAACCGGGGUAUGGCGUCCUUUGUCCCUUUGUAUUCCUUUUCUUAAAAAUAAUCCUAUAUACUGUAUAUCCACCGCAGUGAUGCUCAAAACUGAAGAUUCAUACCUCAUGAAAACACCUACAAGGCACCAUAGCGGUACUGCUGUUUUAUUUUUCAACAAAAGAAUAGAAAUACUCAUUAGAUUGUCAUCUUUAGUUCAAAUUGGACCUUAAUUUGAUAUAGCCUACCUAUUCCUUUUCAUUGAUAUGAGAUCUCAAAAUAGUUCCUAAAUCGCAGAUUAAUAAAAGAAAUUUUCAAUUAAUUUCCAAUACAGCAAAUUUACAUAAUAGUAUGCCUCCAAGACUUUGCAAUGCGUUGGCCAAUCACAAUGCGCGAAAUCUGUCGACCCAAUGCGCGUUUGGAGAUGGUCGA